GUUUGUCGUUGAUGUCAAGUCGGAAUCUAAGAUUUUUUCGGGUUGGACUGCCGUUUUUCUCUAUCGUUCUUGGUGGUGCGUACGGUCUGCAUUACUUUCAGCAAGUUCGUUUCGAUUUUCGUAAGCUAAAGCAACAGGACGCCAACCUAGAACUUCUGAAAAGUGGCUUAGAAGAAAGUGGAAUUCGUCUUCGCAAGAACGUGACCACGGGAGAUAUCUAUAAGGAAGUGGCGAAUCUUGACACUGAAAAUUGGGAAAACAUACGUGGGCCACGUGAGACCGAGGACAACACGGAAUAUUUGAAAAUCAAGUGUGUUAUCGUUUACAUUUAA